AUGUUCAAUAGAGAAGCUAAUGACCUAAAAGAUUACACUUCCACCAUGAAUAUAGAGUUUUCCGAAAACUCAAUGGAUACUGAUGAACUACGAAAGAACAUCGAAAGAUUCAAUGCAUAUACACUACCUGAGAUCAAAGAACAAAUACUGGCUACCCAAAAGAAAGAUAAUGCAUACUUUGUAAAAAAACAUAAUAUUCGAAAAGAACAAUUACCUAUUGGGACAAAAGUCAUGAUCAAGAACGUAGACGAAAAGAAAGCUAAACCUAAUGAGAAUUUCAAAGGUCCUUACUUCGUCAGCGGAUAUACAGAACACGGUAGUUAUAUACUUAAGAACAAAAUCAACCAAGAUGCACCUAGAAAUUACCCUAUAGACCAACUCAAAAUUAUUGAUGUAAAUCCUACUGAUUCAGUUGAAGAGGAGAAAGACACUUACGAAGUGGAUAGGAUUAUCGACCACAGAGGCAGAGGAGCAAAUAUUGAAUACCUGACUACUUGGGUUGGAUAUCCUGAUGAACAAACUUGGUUGAAACCCACAGAUUUUGACAGUAAUACAGUCAUCAAUGAAUAUUGGACUCGUAGGAGAAAAGAAAGCAAAAAGCAAAAGGAAGCAGCAAAUACUUCUCAAAUGAAGCGUAGAUCCACAAACAGACACAAUGACAAGAAGAGCAAGAAAUUCAAACGUACUUAG